UCGUUGCGUCAGUCAAACGUCAAACCAGAGUUUGUUAUAAUCCCGUGUGUGUAAAUUAUUAGCAUCGCCCGGCGGAUCACGGAUUGAAGGAAAAUUUCGCGGCACUUCGUGUGAAAACAGCCAGCCCAAUUUAUUGCCCCCGGAUUCAACCAUGGACUAUAUCGAGCAGUACAAAAAUACUCCCCUGACGCUUCCGAAGCUGCCGGCGCACUACAUCGAGACGAUCCGCUCGGAAAAUGGGCAAGUGAUGCAAGAUCACCUUCAGAGUAACUCGAAGCAGCCGUUCGGAACCGGGCCAGUGCACAAAACCAGCAUCAUUGGCUACAAAGUCCUGGCGGAAGGAGAGGGCGUGAAAACGGUCUAUGAGAUGACCAUCAAGGAACCUCCCAACAUGGAGGAGUUUUGCCCGGGAGACACGAUAGGAAUACUCACGCAGAAUCUGCCCUCGGAUGUGGCGUUUGUCCUGGACCGGCUGCACUUAGCGGAAAUAGCGGACUGCUGCUUCGAAGUCAAGCUGGCCAAGCCAGUGAAGAAAAAGAACCCGGAGAUACCACCGUACAUUCCCAAGUUCAUAACGCCACGGCGGCUGCUGACAGAGUGCAUAGAUUUCAGAAUCAUCCCGCGAAAGGUUACCCUGCAAGUGUUGGCCAACUACACGUCCGAUCCCUGCGAAAAACGGCUGCUGGAAAUCCUGGCCUCGAAAGAGGGUUCCAGCUUUUACAGUGAGUUCAUCGUGCGCAACGAGAUGACCUUCCUGCAUGUGCUGAAGAUCCUCUCCUCGUGCCGUCCAUCGCUGGCAAUGCUGAUCGAGCAUUUUCCCCGUUUGCUUGCGCGGCCAUAUUCAAUCGCCAACUGCAGCCAAAGUGGCUUCUUGCGUGUCAUUUUCGCGAUGCUGAACGAAGGCAAGGUCGGCAUCACGACGACGAUGCUCGAGAACAAACUUCUGUACGCUGGGCGCUUCGACAGGCACGUGUAUCUGUACCUGAGGCAGAUCAAACCGGCCUUCCAGUACCGAGAGGAAGACCUCGAGAAGAACAUCAUCAUGAUCGGUCCCGGAACAGGCGUUGCCCCGUACCUGGGAUUCCUGGAGUACCGCAAGCGGGCAAAGCAGUCCAACAAGAAGGUCAAGCUCGGUACGGCGUUACUUCUCACCAGCUGCCGGCAUCGGGACAGAAACAAUCUCUUCGAGGAGGAAAUCAAACAGUACGUGCAGCAGGGUCUGCUUGACAACGUUUACGAAGCGUUUUCGCGGGAUCCGGACAGUCGGUACAAAGUCGUGCAGGACAUCAUCGAGGACAAGAAGGAGGAGUUGAUCAAACUGCUGCAGGAGGACAACACCAAGCUGUAUCUAUGUGGCGAGGGGCGAACAAUGCUGCCGAGAAUACAGGACACGAUUGCCACCUGCAUGAGUAAAAUUAAAGGCACUCCCAAGGUGGAAGCUGACGCGCUCAUGGGAGAAUACAAAAAGUUGGGCAAAUACUUGUAUUACUCGAUGAUACGUUAUUGAAAGUGCGAUGGUUGGUGGACCGAAUAAAAGCUGAAAAUUGACUAUAUUUGAUUGAAUAUACUUGUUUCGUACUA